GAGGCAGGCAGAGGGCUCGGGGCAAGCUCUGCCACUCAGAUCACCAUGUACAGCUUCAUGGGUGGUGGCCUCUUCUGUGCCUGGGUGGGGACCAUCCUCCUGGUGGUGUCCACAGCGACAGACCACUGGAUGCAGUACCGGCUGUCGGGGUCCUUGGCCCACCAGGGCCUGUGGCGGUAUUGCCUGGGCAGCAAGUGCUACCUGCAGACGGACAGCAUCGCAUACUGGAACGCCACCCGGGCCUUCAUGAUCCUGUCCUCCCUGUGUGCCACCUCCGGCAUCAUCAUGGGCAUCCUGGCCUUGGCUCAGCAGCCCUCCUUCGCCCGCCUCUCCCGGCCCUUCUCCGCAGGCAUCAUGUUUUUUGCCUCCACCUUUUUCGUCCUGUUGGCCUUGGCCAUGUACACUGGCGUCACCGUCAGCUUCCUUGGUCGCCGCUUCGGGGACUGGCGCUUUUCCUGGUCUUACAUCGUGGGCUGGGUGGCCCUGCUCAUGACCUUUUUCGCAGGUAUUUUCUACAUGUGUGCCUACCGGAUGCAUGAAUGUCGGCGUCUGUCCACUCCCCGCUGAGCCCAAAGUGUCCCGCAUCCACCUUCAUCUGGAAGUUAUAAUGAGGUCACUGAAGAGGAGGGGGAGGGUCUAGAGGCUGAAAUCCUGGUUCCUGGGGGCAUGAGGGGGCCCGGUCCUGGACCCUGGGUGGGGGACCCUGACUCUUGUGUCCCAAGAGGGAAAGAGGAAGAAUGGGGCCUGGUGGGAGGCAGUUGAGAGGAUCCAAGGCCCCACCCAUCAGGGAGCGUGUUAGAGAAAUGGAAUAUGCAUUAGAGUGACUUUUUGGAAGCUAAUAAAACUGAUGUGAAACUA